AUGUUUGAGUACUUAGCAUUGGAGCUACCAAAAGCAAUAGAUUCUGCUGAAAUUCUGUCUGAUAUUGACUUCUAUAUCGAAAACAACAAUAACGAUAUCCUGAUUGCGAACAAGAACGGUGAUCGACGAAGCGUAGGCAUCAUCGACAGAUGUAUACAAAUCUACAGUGAUAUAGCAAUUUUCAUGAUCGAACAGCAUAUGCAACAUACGAAGUAG